AUGACGAUGAAGCUUUUCGCCCUCUGCUUCGUCGUCCUCUUCCUCCUGCUCAAUGGCCGAGUGGCGGAGUCGAGCCGACCGGCGGCCGGCGGCGAUGUGUCGCCAUCCCGGCGGCACCGCCACGACCACGGCCGCCACCGCCGCCACCACGGCCGCCCCACCGCGGCCGACCCUCGGCCCAAGCUGUUCGUGUUCGGCGACGACUUCGCCGACAACGGCAACGUGGCCUCGGACCCGAGCCUGGGCGCGGCCUCCCGCUCGUGGCGCUACCCGUUCGGCAUGUCGGACGCGGCCCACGGCCGGAAGCCCACCGGCCGCUUCUCCGACGGCCUCGUGCAGUCGGACUUCCUCGCCAAGAUCAUCGGCCACCGCGCAUCGCCGCCGGCCUACCUCGGCGACGAGUGGGACGACGUCAUGGACCCCGCCGGCAUGAACUUCGCCUUCGGCGACUCCGGCGUCUUGGACGUGCCCUCCGGCGUGCCCCGGCUCGGCAAGCAGGUCCAGCAGCUCGCCAGCCUCAUCAAGGCCGGCGUCGUCGACGACCGCGACUUGAAGGGGUCGGUGGCGCUCGUCGCCUACUCCGGCAACGACUACUCGAAUUCCACCAACGACGACGAGCUGGUGACGAAGGUGGUUGAGGAGAUCGGGAGCGCGGCGUGGCGGCUGCUGGACCUGGGCGUGAGCAAGGUGCUGGUGAACACGGUGCCGCCCUUCGGGUGCUCGCCGUGGCUGUCGCGGCUGCACAACUACAGCUCCUGCGACGACGGCGGCAACGCCUUCGCCGACCGGCACAACGCGGCGCUCCGGGACCGGCUGGCCGGCGAGGACGACGACGUGCUGCUGCUGGACGUGAACAGCAUCAUGACGGACCUGGUGGCGCCCAAGCCGGGCUCGGCGCUGGCGCCGCGCCUCACGGAGCGCCUCCGCCCCUGCUGCGAGGGCGGCGGCGGUGGCUACUGCGGCCUCGACGACGGCUACACGCUGUGCGACCACCCGGAGGAGUACUUCUUCUGGGACGUCGUGCACCCGACGCAGGCUGGGUGGAGGGCCGUCAUGCAGCUGCUCCAGGGGCCCAUCAUGGCGUUCCUCGGCAUCUCAAACCUCGAGCACUUUUGA